UCGGGCGCCGCACUUCCGGUAGCGAGCGGAAGUGAGGGAUUUCUCCGGAAGAGGGAGCCUGGACGCGUGCUGCCCCAGAGGACACGUUGGGCUGCUCUGGCCGCUGGGUGUCUAUGGUUUCCAGCGGCUUGUUCAACCAAGGCUUGCAAUGGAGGCUGCGGGGGUGGCCCCGAUCCGAGCCCAAUAUCUUUCGACCAAAGAAGAAUUCCACGCCUACCUCGACCGGGAAGGAGAGCCACUGCCUGACGAAGACGGUGAUGAGGAUGUUGAGAGGGAUGCGGCCGGAGACCCAUCUGAACCUCCUGCCAAACUCCAGAAGCUGGAAGAGGACCAGGACAAAGCGCCUCCCGAAGGGCCUGGCAAAGAAGCGACUGGGCCGAAAGGGAAGAGGGCCCGUGGGCAGAACAAGAGCCGGCCACGCGUGAAGCCAACGGAUUACGAGAAGCACCGCUUGUGUCUCUCCAUUGUCCAGGAACGUGGGGAGAAAUGUUUCGUCGGUCCCCGGUGCCGCUUCCUCCACGACGUCAAGGAAUACCUGGCUACCAAGCCGCCGGACCUCGGCGAGCGGUGUGUGCUUUACGAGACGUUCGGCCGCUGCAACUACGGGGCCACCUGCCGCUUUGCGGGUGCCCACUUGGGAGAGGAUUUCGAGAACCUGGUUAACCCUGAUCUUUUGAAACAGUGGGAAGGUAAAACGUUGGUGAAGAAUCACCUGAGCAAAGACCUCCAGCGGGAGCUGCGGAAAAAGAAAUUCUCUUUUGAGGCCUCGCGGGAGUAUCUUAACCGCCUCGCCAAGCGCAACCACAUCAAGGGGGCUGGGAGCAAAGGAGGGGGAGAGGCGGAGGCCGCGGACUUGGCAGGAAGGGUGGGUCUCGACGGUGCCACCGAGGAGGUCGUGGAUGUCGCCCGCUUAUCCCAGGAUGGAGAUCCUGCGUUGGGAGCCGCGGAGAACCCAAGCUCGGUGGCGGCACCGUCUGAGCCGAUUCCCAAGCGAGUCGGCGCUGUGACGGAUGAAGACCUCGUGAGGCUGAGACCGUGUGAGAAGCGGAAGUUGGACCUCAAUGGCAAGCUUUACUUGGCGCCUUUAACCACCUGUGGCAACCUCCCUUUCCGGAGGAUCUGCAAGCGCUACGGGGCGGACGUCACCUGCGGGGAGAUGGCCAUGUGCACCAACCUCCUUCAGGGCCAGUCGUCGGAGUGGGCCCUGCUGAAGCGCCACCACACGGAGGACCUCUUCGGUGUUCAGCUGGAAGGAGCCUUUCCGGAUACGAUGACCAGAUGCGCGGAGCUUCUGAACAAGACGAUCGAGGUGGAUUUUGUAGAUGUCAACGUGGGCUGCCCCAUUGACCUCGUCUACAACAAGGGCGGAGGCUGUGCCUUAAUGAACCGGGUGAAUAAAUUAGAAGCUAUCGUCCGAGGCAUGAACUACGUAUUAGAUGCUCCGUUGACUGUCAAAAUCCGGACCGGGGUGCACGAGAAGACCAACCUGGCUCAUAAAAUCAUCCCAAGCCUCCGGGACUGGGGAGUGUCUUUAGUCACGCUACACGGCCGGUCGAGAGAGCAGAGGUACACCAAGGUGGCGGACUGGGACUACAUCGCCGAGUGUGCCAAAAUCGCCAACCCGAUGCCUCUUUUCGGAAACGGGGACAUAUUCUCUUUCGAAGACGCCCGUCGUGCUACAGAGACCGGCGUUUCGGGCAUUAUGAUCGCCAGGGGGGCCCUGAUCAAACCUUGGAUCUUCACCGAAAUCAAAGAGCAGCGUCAUUGGGACAUCUCCUCGGCCGAGAGGCUGGAAAUCCUUAAAGAUUAUACCCGGUAUGGUCUGGAGCACUGGGGUUCGGACACGAUGGGCGUAGAGAGGACCAGGAGGUUCCUGCUAGAGUGGCUCUCGUUCAUGUGCAGGUACAUCCCAACCGGCUUACUGGAGCACCUGCCCCAGAGGAUCAAUGAGCGACCCCCUUACUACCUGGGCCGAGACUACCUGGAGACUCUGAUGGCCAGCCAGAAUGUGGGAGACUGGAUCAAGAUCAGCGAGAUGCUUCUGGGUCCGGUCCCGGCCAACUUUACCUUCUUGCCAAAACACAAAGCAAAUUCGUACAAGUAGGACCCCUCCGCCCACCCGUCAUGGACAACAGGCUGUGAGGAAGCGCUGGGGUCCGCUUGGGAGGUUCAUGGACACAUCCUUUGCUCUUUGGCUUUCUAACAACAUAACAAUAAUAAAAAAAAUCUAUUUUUAAGUUG